UCUUGCUGCUGCGCCACUAGCACCGAGCUGUCAAAGACUGUUUCGAUCAUUCGGUGGUCAGAGCCGUGUUCGGUGUCGUGGGCGGCGCAUCUCAGCACCGUGUCUGCCUGCUCUUUUGACGCUAGCACUAAGUCGAUUGUCGUCUCGUAGUCUCCGCACUGCCAUGUCUUGGUCCCUCGCGGGAGCAGGCUGCUGAGCGCGUGUUCUGUCAUCAGAUCGAUGAUCGGGUCUGCCUCGCCCUGUCUGACCAGCGUCACAUCUUCUCCUCCCCACAGCUGGUCGUGCUGAUUGAAGUCGCCAGCUAGUACAACGUCCACCACCGUAUCGGCCCUUCGUCUCGCCUCCGCAAUCACUCUAUCUAUCUUUUUGCAUGCGUCUCGCAACGCCUGCGGGUCUCCUCCUGGUAUGUAUACCGACACCACCAACACCCGACGCUCGUGUAGCCGGAUGAUCGCUGCUGUCAAGUCCGGCGACUCUACCCGUACCUGUUCUGCCUCUACCUCUCUGUUCACCCACAGCAUGCUCCGUAUCGGCCACCUUCCUUCUCGCCAGGUCGAUGGCACCAUCUUGGUCCACUUGUGGUGGAGCAUGGGCGUCGUCAACAGCCGACCCUGGAUCCUCCGUGCAUGCGGCUCCUGGAUAGCUACCACCGCCACGUCUUGCAACUCUUCGUCGUUCAUCAAGCUAUCAUGUACUUCGCCUUGCUUUCUAACAUUAAGCUGAACUAUGCGGAAUGCUCUAUUCAUGUUGAGGCGGGUAUAGCAUCCGACAGUUUCUGCUGAACGACUCGUGCGGUCCUCCGCACAAUACGCACUUCAUUACUGCUUCGCUGCAGCUCUUGUGGUGGUGGCCCUCUUUGGCGCAUCUCCCGCAUCUCUGCGCCUUUCGGCACUGAAACGCUUUGUGGCCGAGCUCCUGGCAGUUGUAGCACUGCCCUGGCCGUGGUCGCUGCUCAAAUGCGCUUGUUGUGCCGGACUCCCCGCCCGCGUGGAAGAAGCCUUCUGCGAUGAGUCUCCUUGCGUCACUUUUCUUAGUCACGUACACCACCAUAGAUCCGUACGCCUUGGGGACAUCUCUCUUGCUUAGCC